AUGGCCAUCGGAAUUGUUUUGUCCAUUGAUCUACUGCCUAAUUCUCCCGUCUUCUCCCAAGUCGUUCUUUCUGCACAUUCUACAUCGGCCAGCUCUUUCCCGGAGGCCCCUCCUAUGGAACCAGCGACAACAUCAGAACCACCAUACAAGAGUAUCCUCGGCUCCAAGGCCAAGGGCAUCCUCAACGGCAAGGGCCUUUGUGUCAAGACUAACGGCAAGAACGUCAUCAUCAAUGGCAUCGAGAUCACGAAUCUGAACCCCAGUGGUGACUGGAGAGGUGAUGCUAUCGACUUGCAGAGCCGCAACGAAAGUCUCUGGAUCGACCACAACAAGAUCUCCAGGAUUGGCCGUCAUUUCACUGUCACCCACUUCGCCUUCAAGAUGGUCACCGAUACCAUUGCUCUUAUCGAGGGCAAUGCCUAUGAGAAGUCCAAACAGUCUUACGUCAGUCAGGUCUAUGCCAACAGCUUCAGCGCCCCCGAUGCCGAUGCUGCCUUCAUUUCAGAGGCCACUGAGCACUCUGCCUUUUCCCUACUCCUAGCACUUGCAGCUCUCACACCUCAACCAAGAGAGCCUCUUGCCAGAAUACCACUACCGGAAACUCCAUCGGACCUGCUAUUGCCCAAAACUACGGCCAAGCUGGACUGA